AUGCCUCCCAAGCCAGGAAGCCAAGCCAGGCAGGACACUGCCCCUCUCCCUCGCAAGAAAGUGCCUGUAAUGUCGCCAAAUUUCGUGGUAUGGGGAAUUGGGCUGAUGGACAAGUUUUGGCCGCACGGACAGGCACCGGCAUAUAAGGGGAAAAAACAACGCCCCCGUACGUUCGUAACCAGUGAUCAAGGUAAUUCAGCAUUGGAGAUCACGGGCAAUCCUAGCGAAAUCAGCCGCCUCAAACGCUUGGACCGUCCCACAACAUUCUUCCAAGAAGACACAGGCGACAUCACCCUCUACUUUGAUGACGACGAGAACAGCAUCGAUGACGAGGAUGACGACGACGAGGAAAUAGAAGUCUCACCGUUAGUGUACCCUUCAAAGCAUUUAUGCCUCCUUCGCCAAGUGCCAGACAAGAAACUUCUACAUCUCCUUGAUGUCGCUCACCGAUGGAUCGGGCGAGGCCGAGAAUUCCCCAAGCUGCCGCUGCCUCAGGAUCUGGACAGCCUUUGCAUGUCAGUUUUGACCUAUCCAGAGGGACGGAUAGCACCGCUGGUCCCUGCCUACAAUAUCUCCGUUGUCGAUCUACUUAAAUUCGACCUUCCACAAAUCGCCGAUUGGCCUCCCGAAUGCGGGCUCUCCUAUGAUCCAAGCGCUCCCAAUCGCAAGUUGAAACCUCGCGACCCCAUUCCUCCCCACGAGUUAGUAAUAGGCCUUCGUGAAAGCUUUGGACAGGAGCUGUUGAAUGGGAUGCGAUCCAUUCGUGAUCCUCGUACACACACUACCCUACUACCUAUGUGGGUCGUGCGAUUCUGGCAGGUGAUGCACGAGAUCCAUCGCGCGAGGUCUCAAUGGGCGAAAGGAAAGGCAUGGCUACAGAGCAAACAGGAAGGGGAUGAUGCGGAACACUACCGCACGGUAGCGAGGCAGCUGGACGUUCUCCCAUGGAAUGGGCCAAUACAUGGCCAAGCGUCUGCCAUUGGGAGAACAACCUUGCCCUUAGUAAACUUUUUAUCUGAUAGGGCGUGGUUAUCUGAAGCUCUCGUCGACAUGAUGGUCACUUGCCUUGCCGCUCGCUUGCCUAACAAACGGCCCGACGUAGUGAUCGUGAACACCGGGUUUGCCGACGCCAUCCGCAGCGCCAAAAGCAUCACAUAUCAUGACCAGCCGCGCAGCUUCCUGCGCACUCUAGAACAUAGCGCGAAGACAUCAAGGUAUCUUUAUACCCCGAUCCAUGUCAGCAAUCACUACAUCGCGUUGGAAAUCGAUUUCGAAAAGCAAUCUUUCAGCUACGGGGACUCCCUUGAUGCGCACAUCGGAAUCCAGGAGAUCACUAACAAGCUGCAGUGGUGGUUCACGAAACGAUUCGGUGGGAGGUUUAAGAAUGCUGGAUAUGAGUUGCCGCACGGUCACCAGAACGACUCGGCUUCGUGCGGAUUGUUCGCCAUCAACACCAUCGAACACAACGUCUUUGGACAUCAGCUCGGCAUUCCUGACCCUGCCUACGAGAGAGCUAGAUGGUUCUUUCUGACAUCGGCGGAUCAGAUUGCUCAACCACCACUCCCGGUUGAGGUUAGUGACGAGGAAUUGGGACCAUCAGCGGGACCAUCAACACGGCGGGGGCGGCCUGAAGGGAAGGAGGCGGAGCAAUCUGUGAUAGAGACAAAGGUUCCAUACCACGAACGCCUCUGGAACUCUGAAGAAGGGCAUCGUGUACGUGCUAAGGAACUGCAGGCACAGGCAGAUUCAUUGGAGGCAUACCUCGAGGAAAAAAGGAAGGAAAAGGAGCUUGAACGAGUGAGGGAAGAGACGCAGCAAAACAUCGAAAUGGAUGAUGUUGUCGUGGACGCUGCCAUGUCCGGGUCCCCUGAGUAUCAGGCCAUGGAGGUACCUAACGCCUCAGAUCCACGUCCAACAUCCCCCGCGCGCUACACAUCCUCAUCUUUCAGGGACUAUACCUCUCGCGCACCAGCCUCUCCCCCUCAUGAUAGCGGGAGAUUGUCGUCAUACAGAGACUGGCCGUCACACAAUGCGGUGCCUCCUCGUCGCGGACGAUCGGCUUCUCCGGGACGAUCGGCUUCUCCGGUUUCAUCAGCUCGACACGGUCUGGUUAACAACGGCAUACUUGAACCGGAAGAAAACGCAUUUAACGCUUCAGGCCUUCAGAACGAAGACAGCGCACGACAAACAAGAACCUGUCAGAAUGAAGGAAAUGCAUGCCAAGCGGCAUGCCUUCACAGCAUCCCCGGGCCUUCAGUCCAAGUCUCGCCUCAAGAAGCGUGCCAAGCAUCAUGCCCUCAGAACCGUCCCGGGCCUUCAGCCGAACCUUCGCCUCCAGAGACUUCCUCACAAGCUCCUCACGGCUCCUCACCAUCGUCGCAUCACGUCAAUAUCACCGCGGUGGCUGUCUUCGACGGCAUACAUCCAGACCCCGCUGACACAGACAAGACUCGCUGGCUCAUCGAGCAAACCAAAUGCCUUGCCGAGUUUAAUUGCUCCAUAGCGGUUGACUUGCACCACGUUCAGCAUCCCUCGUAUCCGUCUCUGCCAGUGGUCUGCCGUGGUCGAUUAGCAAUUUCCAAGGCAACCGAACUCAGAGUCCGUCUGUGGAGAGCCCAGUACCCGGAUUUACCUCUGUGGUUUUGGGCUAUUGGCUGUCUCUCCAAAGGACUCGAUUGGAGAGUAUACGUCAGUCCAUACGACAUAGCCGUUCCUCGGCCUGCUGCUCCCGUUCCUCCCCCCAGUCAUCUCAAUGCCACACAUCCUCCCCUACUUUGGAACGCCCAUUCAACUCAGGAAUAUGAGACUAGGGUCAGGGCAAUGCUUUGUCUUCCUUUUGCUCGCCGCUUUCUUACUAUGGGCGGGAUUGCUUGGCGCAUUGCAUUGCACUACGGCCCGGAAAGCCUGUUUGCGGCCGCCCUCGCUGGGCCAUCCACGGACGCGUACUUGCACGACCGUGCGAAUCGCAUUGGCACCGAUAUUGACGACAGCGUCACGGACAGUGAUCUCGCCAUCCUCAUAGGCACCGCCAUCAAAGGCACUGAUGUCCGUACGUUAUGGCCUCCUGUGGAUGUCUUUAAUAGAAUGAAGAAGUGGCGAGGAGAGUGGUCUCACGAAUGGGAGACGUGGUUCCAAGGUCGUCUGCGGCUCAUCCAAUCUGGUAACCAUGAGUCCUUCCUCCUGCGCAAAAAGUGGGUUGGUUGGAAUCGACACUCUGUUGAAUCCCAUGCAGCUGGUUCAGACGGCCACGCAGCGGAUGUGUGUACAAAGGCAGAUCAGCUGCACCCACCCAUGGAAUUGUACACCACUUUAGUCUAG